CGACAAUCGCAAGUUUGCAAGCAUGUUGGCACACGAAGAAGCGGUCGACUACUUCUCGCUGCACAAGCGCAAGUCCAAGGACGUGGAUGUCGAAAUGCUCGACUAUGAAUACGUCGCAUCUUGCACAGACGUCGACGUGCUCAAGAACAUCCUUGUGGUGCUGCAAUCUGGCAAGGAAGGGCGGUACCCCCCCCUCGAAGCCGCGGUCGAAGCCCGCCUCAUGGAAGUCCUGCCUCCAUCGGAAACACAGCGCAUCCUUCGCAUGAAAGCUCGGCCAUCCGAAACCGACAUCCACAGCGAGGCAGCGUCGCUCACGGCGUGGGAGGCCCAAAUGGCGUCGAGGAGCGCUGAAUUGGAUGCCGCUCGCAAACUGUCGAGCCGGUCUCUGCCGCCGCCUCGGGGCGGUGGCAAUUCUGCGGCUCCCACCGUCCGGAUUUCGACCAAGGGGGACGUCGUUGACGUGAAACCCAAGGGGGAAAAGAAAAACACUAUCCACGCGUACGACUGGCGGGCGUGGGAGAAAUUUGACGUCGACGCGGCAGAGCGUGAACUCGACAUGGAAGACGAGCGCCGACAAGACGCUGUCCGGCAGCAGAAGGAAGAGCUGGCCGCGCGGCAGGCUCGGAAGCGCUUGGACGACGCCGCCAUGCCGGCGUCCGUGGACGUGGCCGCGAUGUCGGCGGCGGAGCGGGAGGUGUGCGCUGGCCUGGAGAAGCAGAAGGGCAACGAAGCGUUCCGCGUCGGAGAAAACGACGACGCCAUCCGGGCGUACUCGCGGAGUCUCAUCUUUGAUCCGACCAGUGCCGUCGUAUUUGCAAACCGGGCGCUGGUGCACCUCAAGCUCAAGAACUUUAGCACGGCCGAGGACGACUGCACCAUGGCGCUUCGCCGCGAUCCGCUUUAUUUCAAGGCGUGGUCCCGUCGGGGGAUGACUCGGUUUCGGCGCGGCAAGUACGACGACGCGAUUUCAGAUUUUGAAGCGGCGUUGCGACUGGAACCCCAGAGCCGAGAGAUUCAAAAGCUGUUGCAAAAGACAAAGGAGAAGAAGGUUGAUGUCGACGGCAUCCCCCCCGCAUGUCCCCCACAGGCGCCGCCCCAACCCCCCGCCGCGCCAUUCCAGCGAUUUGAAAUACUCGAAGUCGACGACGAGAAGGAAGAGGAGGUGACUACACGAGGUGCCAUUCACACAGCGGAAUCAAGCACCAGAGAGGCGGCACGUCGCGACCAACCAGCCACUCGCGUAGUGGCGGAGAAGCCAUUCCAACGGUUUGAAAUACUUGAAGACGAGUAGGACGCCGACAGCGACCGCGUACUUGCGUAUGUGAUGAACAUGGCUUGUGUGUUUCAGAAAUACUACUAGUAGUUGUAUACGGUACUAUGUAUAGUACUACGGACACUAGUACAAUAACAAUGAAUAGUUAGUUGUUCCCUUGCUA